UCUGUAACCUACAAUAUUGCUAAGCAUGUAGCCAACAUCUUAGCUCCCUUGGUUGGUAACACACCACACCACAUUCAUAACUCAUUGGACUUUGUGAACAAAGUCAAAGGCUUAAAAAUAGAACAGGAUGAAACUAUGGUUUCAUACGAUGUAACCUCCUUAUUCACCUGCAUUCCAACCAUGGAGGCAGUGGAAACUGUGAGACAUCACCUGAAACAAGAUAACACCUUACAAGACAGAACAAACCUCAAUCCAGACCAGAUAUGCCAGUUACUGGAUUUGUGCCUCAACACCACAUAUUUCCAGUUCAACGGCAAAUUUUACAGGCAAAAGCACGGUUGCGCUAUGGGCUCUCCGGUAUCCCCUAUUGUGGCCAAUUUAUACAUGGAAUUGGUGGAACACAAGGCCAUAAACUCAUACAAAGGAACACCUCCAAGCCAUUGGUUCAGGUAUGUGGAUGACACAUGGGUGAAGAUCAAAACCCAAGAGGUACAGGCUUUUACCGACCACAUCAACUCAGUGGACAAGAACAUCAAGUUCACUAGAGAAGAUGUUAAAGACAACCACUUACCAUUUUUGGAUUGUGAUGUGCACUUUGAUGAGGAAAGGAGCCUCCACAUUGGGGUAUACAGGAAACCCACCCACACAGACCAAUACCUUCUUUUUGACUCACACCAUCCACUGGAGCACAAACUGGGGGUUAUCAGAACCUUGCAACACAGGGCAGAUAACGUACCCACCUCCACUCGGGCCCAAGCUGAGGAACACAAACACCUUAGGGGAGCCCUGAAAACUUGUGGCUAUCCGAGUUGGGCUUUUGGCAAAGCACGCCCCAGAAAGAAUAACAACCCUGAUGAUGCUGAGGAAAUGAAAGACAAAGGCAAGAACAUUGUAAUUCCGUAUGUGUCUGGGGUUUCAGAGAAACUCAGGAGGAUUUUUAACAAACAUCAAAUCCCUGCAUGUUUCAAACCCGGAAACACUCUAAGGCAGAAACUGGUUCACCCCAAAGACAGGACACCACACAAUCAGAAGAGCAACCUGAUAUAUGCCGUCCAAUGCAGUGAGGAAUGCAAGGACUUAUAUAUUGGGGAAACAAAACAACCAUUGAACAAACGCAUGGCUCAACACAGAAGGGCAAACUCCUCCGGUCCAGUCUCAGCUGUCUAUUCACAUCUAGAGGAAAAGGCACACUCCUUUGAAGACAGCAAUGUUAAGAUUUUGGACAGGGAGGAUAGAUGGUUUGAGAGAGGAGUAAAAGAGGCCAUAUAUGUGAAAGUGGAAAAACCAACCCUCAACAGGGGAGGGGGUCUGCGGCACCACCUAUCUCCAAUCUAUAAUGUUGCCCUUUCAUCGGUACCCAGGAGGUUCAACAAAUUAACCUCAGACGACUCUCAACGAUCGUCGUUCACCAGGGUUUCACCUGACUCUGACGACUGCGGGCCCAGUGGGAUUUGUGUCCAUGCCCAGAGACCAAGCCCUCAGCCUGGCUCGGCAGCAGCUGGUCGCUGCCUCACCCUGGACCCUCAGACCAGCAGGCGGCAGGGAGUGUCGCCCCACAACUUCCUGUUGGCCUAG